UUGAGUCUAAGAAGGAUUGCUCUACAAUGCGUUCGUAUAUAGAAACAAUCUAUCUGGACACAACCAGAAUGCAAGAAAUAGAAUACAACAAACAUAUCUGACUGAUUUGGAACAAAAUACUUUGCGUGACCUAGUCUGACGGCAUUCGGGCUCAUCGCUCCCCAUCAGAUCCAUUAAAAUCCGGGGAAAUCAAUAAAAGUAAUUUAUACUGAAAUUAUCGUUUAGCAAAUGCGAAAUUCCUCAACGACCCAAAAGAAAUUCAAUCUGAGGACGCAUUAAAUUUUUCAUUACCACGUCGGCAAAGGACAUCCAUUAAUUUUGGAAUUUGAAUCAAAAUCCGGUCCGAACAAUUCCGCUAAAUUAGUUCAUGGCCUACUUGAAAACGUUUGUCCCUAAACUCCCGUUGAUAAGUGAGUUAAAGUGUCCAAAAUUAACUUUUAAUUGAAUAGUAAUAUUGUGAAGCGUAAACAAGAUGAACUCGCUGGGAGUUUGGAGCAUUGUAAUGAUAAUUUAUCAAAGUGCAAUUUGCAUGCUAAUAUCCUGGUUAACUCUAAGCUGUCGUUUUGUUCCCGAUAGCAGUGAACUGCAUGAGGUAAUUCUGAUGAAGCUUAUAUACCUGUACGAUCCAGAAGCCUGUGGAAGGAUCCACUUCUAUAACUUCACAAUCGCUAGACAAGGAAAUACAAUAUUUUCAACUGUUAUGUGGCCAAUUAGAAAUCCUAUUGCAUCUAGAUUUAGAAGUGCAAUGCGGAUCUGGCUGUCGCUUCACAUCAUCUGGCUUGCUUUAAGCAUUGUGAACCUCACACACGCAAGACGACCUUGCGGAUUCUAUGCUGUGGUGGUUCCCUUUACUUUAACCGGCCUGGCUGUGUUGGUGACAGACGUGGUCUUUAUGGCCAUGUUUAUUGAGGAUAUUCCCCAAACCGACACCGAAAUGGGAAUUUUGAACUUUAUGAACGGUGGUGGUAAAAACCUCAGAUGGAUUGUGAAGAAAUACCCAUUGCAGACGAUGCAGGAGCUGGGUCAAUCUGCUUUAGAUGACACGUCUUGGAUAGCACUUCUUUUUGCUUUCGCCAGCAGCAGAGGAAUUGUGCAAUGGAUUCUGAACUUCUGGCUCGUGAAGGACAACUAUUUUGCUGGGCUUGAUUAUCACCGUAAAUUACAAAAAGAAAUAAGCAUACGACGAGAUCGUGUUUUAAAAAAUUAAUUUCUUAAAAAACAAUUUAUUAUGUCAACUUUCCGGUGGUAAUGUAAAACAAAAGACGAAACGUUACGUUAGGAUUGCACAAAUGAUGUAUCAGGUCGAGUGUAAACUACUAUUGGCUAGAGAUGUUACCACAAACGGAACACGUUUGUCUUUCUUUGAUUUUCAUUACGUUUUAUUACAAUCUUAGGUAUUGUUAAUUCCCAUUUUCCGGCACUGAUUGUCUGUACUUUCAUCAAGCUGUCUUCUUUAGGACUGUCGAAAUUUUAGCUCACUUAUAGUUCAGCGUUAUGCCAAAUAUAAGUAUAUUUUUCUAUAAGUUUGUUCUGUUAAAUUCUUAUCAUUGUAAUUGAAUUUUGUGUUAAAUUCCAUUCCAUCACGAGCAAUGGAUAUCUAGUGCAUAUAAUAUAAGAAAAUACAUGUUUGUCUCUCGACCGAAGCCGCUUUUUAUCUCCUCCAAUUUUAAAUAAACCACAUUUCCAGGAUUCUAUGUAAAAUUACAUGUUCCUUUUAUUGAGAGAUUUGCUUUAAAUAAAAUCGAAUACAAAAAUAUGAACAGGAUUUCCCAAUAAAUGUUUUAAUAGCAUACUUAAAAGUUUGUGUAUAUUUAAGUAGCAGUUUAUCCCUUGUGUAUUCAGGAUUACAUUCUCAUUAUAAACUAUUUUCAUUGUGAUUAAACAGGACGUAUCAGUGUACCGUUGGUUAGAAAUUCAAAUUAAUAUCCCUGUGAUGAUCUAUAUCUAGAUUAGGCUAUAUUCAUAUGAAAAAAGUUUAUGUUUCUCUUAUUCCUGAAGAAAAUAUAGUAAAACGAAUGAGUUUCAGAUACUUUUAAAACAAGACAUGGGUGAUGCUGUUAUUAAUUGAAGCAAUUUUCAAAGACAAGUUUUCUUUAUGUCAAUUCAUAGGUAUAU